UUGUGUUGUGUCCGUUCUCUUUCUCUUGUGUACCCAAAUGAAUGAUUGACAUGUGCUAGAGCCAAAGUAAUGAACGUCGAGUACCGGAUCGCGAGCUAGGAGGCGACCAGGAUUACAGCGAUGCCGUUCGGCAGGGUGGUGGUGUGACGACAACAGGCAUGGCAACGCCAGCUCACGCUCGGAUGGCUUGCCCUGAACAAAAAACUCCUGAAAGCGGCGAUCAGGAGGGCAGUGAAAGCCUCAAGAAUGGAACCACGCUCGAAGACUCGGACGACUCGACCGGGAAUGUGUUGGUAAAGAAUCGGGUUCGAUCUCCCGCCGCCGGCACCCCACAACACAGGGACAUGACGAUGGAUAGCUUCCAAGAUGGAGGGACUACUCCGCAGCCUAACAGUAGGCCUGCGAGCGCGAACAUCGAGGGCAAUUUCCCCGCUUCCAUGGACAGAACUCGGCUCGACUACCAGGCUUUCAAUCAAAGUACGAACAGGGAGAACAGUGAGGAUUUUAGAAAUUCCAGUUCGCAGGAAAAUUUUAACCAUGGCGGCGGCUGUGACAUGAAUUAUUCGCGGGGAAGCUACAGCAACAACGCCGAUCAACAUGGCGGACAGGGAAAUACCAGUGAUAUGUCAACAAACUCGCAAUCAAAUAAAAUGUAUCCACAGUAUAACCAGCCACAAAUGAGGCCUGGAUACCCGCAGGGCCCCCGGAACGUCGGCAUGGGGCCUCAGCAGAGGCCACCGGGUCCUGCGAUGAGUGGUGGCUACCCGGGUGGUAAUAACUCACAACAACAGAGGUUUUUGUCGGGGCCCAGUUUGUCUCAGCAAACGGGGCCCACUCCGACGCUCAACCAGUUACUUCAGGCCCCGAACUCGUUGCAGAGAUAUCAUAACAAUUACGAUUACAGUGCGAGUCAGGGCCUUCAUAAAAACCUGGGGGACCCGAACGCCUCCCAAUAUCAGGGACCCAACAGCUCUUGGGGUAAUAUGAGAGGAUCUUCGGGUUACCCUCAACAAAUGUCACCUUCAAUGUACAGAAAUCAGGGUGGUCCAGUACCCGAUCCCUCCAUGAAGCGGCCAUACAUGUCUCCCAGCCAGGUAUCCGGUGGGGCAAAUGCCCCUUCCCAGGGGCAAUAUCCCCAGCAGUACCACCCCUACAGUCAAUCUCAACCCCAGGGGGCACCUGUCAGGCCCGUGAACCAGAGCUAUACGCAACAGGGUGUGCAGCAAUAUCCUGGUAUGCAGCAGCAACAGCAUGGCCCUGGCAUCCCACCCCCACAGCCAUCGCAGAUGUCUGGAGCGUACGAGCCGCACCCGCGUCAGCCCCAGAUGAGCCCGUACGGUGGUGGUGGCGGCGGCCCACCCCAACCUGGGGCGCCACCCACGCAACAGCAGCCUGCGCCCUCGCCACAGCAACAACCGCCCCCACCUAACCAGCAGUCUGCUCAACAGCAACAACAGACACCCCCCUCACAACAGCAGCCACCUCCACACGGCUCUGCACCGCCAUCUCAGCAAGCGCCGCAACCGCAGCAACAGCCAUCACCGCAGCAGCAACCUCCAUCUCAUCAGCAGCAGCAGCAACAACAACAACAUCCUCAACCUGCGCAGCAAACAACACAGCAACCUCCGACGCAACAGCAGCAGCAACAGCAAUCACAGCAGUCAUCUCAGGAUGCAAGUGGUUCAGAGGAUAUACCAUCUGAGCGAUCUGGCAGUACCACUCCCGGCUUAAGAAAUCCUACCACCCCUCCUCAUCCGGUGGUUUCACCGCACAGGCCUGCGCCUUCACCUUCGGGAUCCUCUGCAGGAUCCCCAUCCAUGUCCCCAGCUCUUGGUCAGCAACCCAACAUUCCCAUGCCCCCUCGACCAUCUUCCAAUCAGUCCGACUCGAGUGGACAAGUACAAAUGUCCCAGCCUGCUUUGUCAUCACAAGGUUAUAAUCAACAAAUGGCACCUCCAUCAGCAAUGUAUGGUAAUAAGAUGCAUCAAAAUAUGAUGGGAAGUAGUUCAUCGCAUAUGGCUCCAUAUUCACCUCAACCUGCUUCACAUUACCCACAGAGUGGUUACCACAGGCCCCCAGGUACAAUGUCAAUGCAUAAUUAUGGAAAUCAAGCUCAAAAUAAUUAUCCCGGUCCUUAUCCAGCACAGUCUCCAAUGGGACCGCAUAGAAUGCCAUCUCAUCCUAACCCUGCACCAUCAAAUUAUGGCAAUCAGUCUGGAACAACUCCAGGCUACAAUAGUUCGCAAUACCCCAACAGUGCUCCUCCAUCGGCUAGUUACAACAUGAACAAUAUGAUGCCUCCUCCAAAUCAGUACCCCAAAUCAUCCAGCAUGCCACCCCCAACAGGUGGUGCUCAAGCUGCGGCACAAGCAGCAGUUAUUGCUGCUGCUGCUAGUUCUACAACCAUUCGGCAAUCUCCUAUGUACUUACGGCAGCAUUUGCAACAAAAGAUGUAUGCCAAUAAUUAUAACUCGGCAAUUAGUCCUGUCCCUCCUGGAGCCCCCGGCAAUGGGGGACAAGAUAGUCCAAUGCCACCUCCUGCGAGUACACCUUCUUCCCAGCCGAUGAGCAUGAGUCAAGUUUCAAUGCCUCCUUCAACGUCGCUAGGAAAUGCAUCCAGUUGUGAUGGGCCCAUGCCUGCUUCUAUGGUUCCUGCUGGAUUUACCCAAACAUCUGCUCCAACUAUUGGAAUGCCACCUACUACCGUGACCCAAAGCAUCAGUAGCCCUGUUCCAUCAGCUGUUACUGUCUCAAGUCCUUCUGUUCCUGACAUGAUGCAAUCUCAGCAGAUGAGAACCUCGACGUUAGGAGGGCCGCAGGGACCUCCUCCUCCACCAGUCAUGGAUGAAGGGAGUCAAGCCUCAAAUGCUUCUGCAUCAUCCUCCUUGCCUGAAGAAAGAGUUGAAACUCCAAAACCCAAUAACAAACCUACGAUGUCUCAUCCUCCGACACCAAAUACAUUGCCGUCACCUGGUGCAGCAUCGAUGUCAUCAUUCCAUGAUGAGUUUGAAAGUGUUUCAAGCCCCAGUUGGCCACGAACACCUGCAAGCCCAGUUAUAAAUAAUCAACCUUAUGAUCAUCACCCAAUAAAGCGUCCAGAUGGAAUGUUAAAACUGUAUGAUCUGUCUGAUGAUCCUGAUAGAAGAUUAUUUUUAGAUAAAUUAAUCAUGUAUCAGGAGGAACGGGGUACGCCUUUAUCUCAGUGCCCCACAAUUAGCAAACAACCUCUUGAUUUAUAUCGCUUGUAUUUAGCUACCAAGGAAAGAGGUGGCUUUGUUGAGGUGAUGAAAGGGAAGCAGUGGAAGGAAAUUGCUGGGCUUAUCGGCAUUGGUGCUUCUUCAAGUGCGGCAUAUACUCUGAGGAAGCAGUACAUCAAACACCUUUUACCAUUUGAAUGUAAAUAUGAUAGAGGUGGCAUUGAUCCAGGACCAAUAAUAAGUAGCCUUGAAUCCAACUCAAGAAAAAAGAAUGCAAAAAAUGCAGGAGGAGGACCCAUGAUGGAUGGUUAUCCAUCUCCAUAUCCUGCAGGAUACCCACCAAAUACUGGGCCUCAUCCUGGAAUGAUGUCAGGCUCUGACUAUCCUGGACCUGGCCACCACCCUCCUUACCAAGAUUCCAUGCAUCAUCCCGGAGCAAUGGUGAAUCAUUCUGGAUCCGAGGGUGCUAUGGAUCCGUUCAGUGAUGAGAUGCAGGGCUCACAGUACCAGCAACGUCACAGCACAAACGACAGCUAUGGAUACUCCCAGUCCAACGCCAAUAGCAACAUGCCUCCCUAUUCGGGUAAUCCGCCGAGUGUGCCUUCCACCUCGUACGGUUACAGCAAUACUUCGGGACAGCAGGAACAAUAUGGCGAUCAGUAUUCCAACACCAUGGUGCCUCCCUCAUCUGAACCAAGCUACAAUAGCAGGAAUAUGGUACCGGCAGACCCUUAUGCUCCACCUCCCGGAGGAUACCCACCUAAUAGGACGGUUGGUCCUUCGAACUCGUCCCAGUAUCCCCCGUAUCAAAAUCCUUGUGAACAAGACAGAUAUGAGCAGGCAACUCCUCAAAGCCCUAUGAUCAGGCCACCUGCACCAUCCAGUUCUGUGAUAGGUCCUUCACCUCAGCAAGAUUCAUCGUAUCCUCCUCAUCGCUACCCUAACCAACCUAUGUCAUCCAGGGAAGGCAUGCCACCGCAACAAAUGGGUUCUUAUCAGGGGCGACCUGCAAUGGGACCUUCCCAGUAUCCUGGUCCUAAUAGUCAAGCAUCUGGUCAAUCUCCGUAUCCGCCAUCACAGCCUGAAUCAUACAGAAGUUCUGAAUUUCAGCCUCAGAUGUCUCGAUUGCAGUCCACCCUUAUUCAAAGGCUUCUACCUAAGAAUCAAACAGCUCAAAAUUAUCCCGCUUCCCAGCAAGGAAUGUAUGGGCAGAGCAUGCCUCCUCCAAAUAAAGUAGCACCUCCAAGUAAUAUUCCUGGCAAUAUGUACCAACGUGACAUGUACGGCAUGGGAUCAAAGCGACAUAAUGAUUAUCCUAAGCCUCAUGGCCCUGUUCAAGAUCAGUAUCAUAUGGGAAAUUAUCCUCAACAGCCAACUCAGGGACCAUACUCAGAUCGAAGUCAAUAUCCGUACCGUCCUGCACAUGGAGUGCCACCACCACCAACACCUGGACCACCUCAACAAGGUUGGCCACGGGACAAUAGGCAAUACCCCUCUGGUCAAAGCCAGUAUCCUCCUGGUCAACGAGACAGUUGGGAUAUCACUCGCCAUGGUGAUGGUCCUCCCCAGCCAGGAGCACCCAACUGGAUGAGGUACGGAGGACCACAGUCGGAGCCUUAUCCUCAUCACAUGAGUCCAUCAAUGGGGCCAAAGAUGAUGAGCAGGGGUUACGGUUCUCCAAAUAAAAUGGCUCCACAUGGUGGAGUAGGACCGCCUCCACAGUAUGCCUCACAGAACCAAAGGAAAGAAGUCUUGUUCCCACCCGACUCUGUGGAAGCUGUGCAGCCACUUAUUACAAAACGUAGAAGACUCUUAUCUAAAGACAUUACUCCCAUUGAAGCCUGGAGGAUAAUGAUGGCUCUAAAGUCUGGACUAUUAGGAGAAAGUACUUGGGCACUGGAUGUCCUUGGAAUUCUCGUGAAUGACGAUGCAACCGUCCUGUACUUUGGAUUGAACCACUUGCCAGGACUUUUAGAAGUAUUAAUGGAUCACUAUAGAAGGUGUUUAAACAUAAUUUUUGAUCUCGUAGGUGAUUUAGAAAUUGGUUUUAUGCUUAAUCCUGGUGAUAAAACUGUAGAACACAACAAAAAAUGGUUUGAACUUGAAUGUGAUAUGCCAAAUUCUAUUUCGACAGAAGUUUCUGUUCCAGAGUUUUUAAGAAGUGAUAAGACUGCUGUUUUAGAUUCUGUAAAUUAUACUUAUAAAACAAGAUGUAAAAAGGUUGUUAAGAUUCAGCAGCAGGAAGCAUUAUUUCUGUUAGACCCCGACAAAAAGUGGGAUGUGCAUGAAGGAUUUAUCGGUGGCAGUAGUCAUUGGCAGCAUGGUGGUGGAGAAUAUACCGGUUAUAUUCAAACACAAUUUGAAACUACUAGAAAAAAUAUUAAAUUUGUUAGACUUUUACAAAAAAGUACAAAGAAUAAAAAAUAUUCCAAAUCUCUAAAUACUCAAAAUAAACCAGUGAAACUGAAGAAUUCUUCUGAUAGUUGUUCAAUCAAAAAGGAAUGUGGAUCUGAUACGGAAGAGGAUGAAAGUUUAAAUUCACCAGAACCUUCUGUAUUAGAUGAAGCCAAUUCCGAUGCAAUUCAAGAAACUAGUAGAACUGAGGAAGACGAAACCGGGAAAAAUUCCAAUAGUUUGGAUUCUAAUCCCCAAGUCAAACCAGAGAAAAGCUCAGAAAACACUGAAACUUCAGAAAAGGAUGAACUUAAGUCAGGUAAUAGUGUUGAAAGUGAAAAGGAUAAUCCAGAAGUUAUGGAAAGUAAUUUUCCAAAAAUGAGGCCCAUUUCUCCCACGCGUAAACGUAGAGCGGUUGAAGAUUUAGAAGAUGAAUCGUAUAAUAGAGACGAACCUUCUCUUUGUACGACGUAUGAUGACCAGGACUCUCUGGCUCGGCGCUGCAUCGCUCUAUCGACCAUCCUCAGAAACCUGUCAUUUGUACCCGGAAAUGACACCGAAAUGUCAAAACAUCCCGGUUUCUUGCUCGUCAUGGGCAGACUGCUGUUGCUGCAUCACGUUCACUCUCCGCGCAAACCACCCCAACGACACUACGACAGAGAGGAAGAGGGAGAAAGUUCUUCGAUCGCCGACUCUUGUAGUAGUUUAAACAGUGAACACGAGUGGUGGUGGGACAUGCUCCAUUCUAUUCGAGAAAACACGCUUGUGACUCUGGCAAACAUAGCCGGUCAGUUGGACCUCGCUCCUUUCCCCGAAGAAAUCAGUUUCCCCAUGCUCGAUGGCCUCAUGCAUUGGGUCACGUGUCCUUCCUCUUAUGCCCAGGACCCUCUCCCGACCCAGCCAUCGCACUCCGUCCUCUCUCCGCAGCGUCUCUCUCUCGAAGCCUUGAGCAAGCUCUCGGUUCUGGAAAGCAACGUCGAUUUGAUGAUGGCGACGCCACCUUGGGAGCGGAUAGACCGCUUCUUUUCGCUGCUCUCCAAGUGGCUGAGCAGGAACGAAGACCAGGUGUUACGCGAAUUCUCCGUUGUUCUGUUGUCCAAUCUAUCUCAAGCGGACAGUAGCAUGGCCAGGGCCAUAGCUCUCCAAGGUACUUGCAUACCACUUUUGAUCACAUUUGUAGAACAAGCCGAACAAAGUGCUCUGCAAGUAGCUAACUCACAGGGAAUCAACGCUCUCAGGGAAAAUCCUGAAUUGAUGGGUACCACACUGGACAUGGUGCGGCGGGCGGCCGGAACUCUCAGAUGUUUAGCGCGGGUGCCUAGCAAUAGAACUUUGUUUUUACAACACCAGCAACGGCUGUUGGCGUUGGUCAUGUCACAGAUCCUCGACCAAGGAGUGGCAUCCAUCAUCGCCGACGUCCUCUUCGAGUGUUCUCAAGAAGACGCCGAAGAUCUGCCUAGCAUAACGAAUGGCGAGAAAGAAUCAUCUCCUCUACCGGUAGAGGCAGCCACGUAGUAAUAAAUCUUAAUAAGAUACAUUUAUUGUGAAUCAUUUAUGGAGCUAUCUCCUGCCAAUAGAAAUUCAAUUACAGUCACACUCAAACAAAUGUGCAAUUUUCUAUUGCAAGAAAGAGAAUGCCUUCUAAAACACCAGAAAAGCGUGCUUCUUGGAACCUGUGUCAUCUAGUUCGGUUGCUCCGCUUGAGAGUACGGCAGUGUGGCAGUAUCUAUUUAUUAAUUGAUCAGAAUUAUGUCUGUGUUUGUGAGAUCACGCAGGUUCUCCUACGUGGAAGCUAUUCUGAGCAUGAAAUGCUUCUGAUAAAUCAAACAGUUUAUGUAUAUUUUAAGAGGAAAAAUAGUAGUGGGAACAACUUGUAAGCACAGAGUCUUGCAGUUGGGGGAAAGUAUCUUUAAAAUUUUCAGUUGCUUGAGUAUUUAAUACUUUUUGAGCAAAAUAAAAAAAUAAGUUGAGAUACUUUUGUAUUUCAAAAUUUUAUUUAUCUAGUCCAUUUUACUCUAUCAUCAAAGAUUCAUUUUAGGAGCUGAGAAAUGUACUGAUUUUUUCUAAUAUCCUAAACAUUUUAAAGUGGAUUUUUACUCUCAUUAUCCCCAUUUUUCAAAUUAUCAGCAAAUGCUGAUGUAAAGUUCUUGACUUUUGUACUGUAUCAUACUCAUUUUUACUAUUCAUUAACUCGAGUUUCGUUGACGAAAUUUUUCCAAAAUUGGAUUUUAACUAAUAAACUACAUCAUUCCAUGGAGAAUAUCGAUGCUAGAUUUGAAAUAUAAAAGAACAUUUUCUCAUAUUUUCAAGAAAAUCAAAGCAGCGUGUAGGUUUGUAUAAAUUGAUUCGACGCUCAUUGUUUCUCACUGUAUCAUUCAGUGCAAUAAAUCUGUAAUUUUAGCAUUGAAAUUUUAGAUAAGUUAUGUUUCCCCUUAGCUGUUGUGUAAUUAGAAAAUGUGAUAUAAGUGCUUACUUGUGGUUUUCUUAUCGAGAUUAUCGACCAUUAGGUUGUGUCAAAAGGGGAAGAAUGCGUUCCCAUGUGCGAGAGCCUGCGUUCAUAUUCGUCAUGUUCAGGUUCAUUAGGCUAUUAGCAUUGUGCCAGAGAUCUGCUGCGGCAGGGACUCAUCAUUUAGCUGGCGCAGUGUUGUUCAUUGUGUACAGUCACAUGAAAGAAUUUCUUAUUAGAGUGAUUCAAGCAGCAUUUAUGUAUGCUUGUGAAUGUUCAUCUUUGUACAGCUGCAAAUACAGUGCAUUGGCAAAGAAAAACUCUGUAGAUAUAUCACUGUAAUUUUAAUCCCCAUUACCUCAUGUGGGUACAUCACUUGUGUUAAUUUAGGUAAAAAGAAAAAAAAGACUAGCGAUCGGUUAUUCUCUUUUCACCCGACAGGACCUAAAUUUAGGAAGUGGAUGGCCAGCUUUGCAUGCUUGAAUACUGUACAGUAUAGGAAAAAAAGCACAAGUACCUUUGACAAGGAUUAAUCCGUGGCUGAGCCCAUGUUGUGUGACUUUUCGUCUCAAAUCUUUAUUAUUGAAAAGCACUUUAGAAGUUGCAUUGCAGUGUUGGAACAUAUUUUGGGUUUACUUGUUCCAGAUUCUGGCCAGUUUACCUUGUUUGUUUUCAACUGAUCUGAAACAAUUUAUAAGGGUUCAAGUCCAGGAUUUCUGUCGGCUCUUUGAUAUUGGUAUUUACGAGUGCAAGAGCUUUAUACUAUGUAUAUGUCUGAUGAUCAUCAUUGAAUAAAUG